GACCUCAAUUUUUAAGUCACGUGACGAGCAGCCAUUAUGAUUAUAAAGAAAAUCGUUGCUUUUUUUUGAUUGAUUAAAAUAAAUUGUAUUAAAUUUGAUUUCUUUUAACGUUUAAUAACCAUACUUUAUCAUUAUGUUUAAUUUGUAUAGCUGUUAAAGAUGUUUUACUGUGACUAAAUGGUCUAUUGAUUAGGUGAGUUUUAUGGCACGAGGAAUCAAACAUGGCUGCACUGGUGCUAAGUAAAAGAGAUUUUUAGUAAGAGACUUUACUUUUACAGAUAAAGUACUAAGAUUUAAGAGUGGAUGAGUAAGAGUACUCAUUCAGGAUGAAUCACCAUUACCCUGACAAUUUCGGAUAUGGGCGUGGUACGCCAGCUAUUCCAGGAAUCAAUUAUGCAUCAGGUGGAUAUGCUGAUCCAUCUGCCAUGGCAAGAAUGAACCAGCCACGAGAUAACUAUCAGAUGCCUCACUACCCAAUGAUGCAGCAACAAGCUGCUAUGUAUGGUCAAGGGGGCUACGUGAGUCAACAAAAUAAUCCCUACACAAAUAUUGCUGGCUAUGGCAACUAUGGAAUGCAAGGUGUUGGACAAUCUUCAAUGGUGAUGGGUGGCAGGCAAGGAGAUAUAAAUAGGGCGGGAGCCAACAACAAUAUGAUGAAUGCUUAUUACACUAGUGAUCCCCGCAGCUCUCCUCAAACCUUGAACACUCAGGGGCCAAGCUACAACCAUGCACAGUCCAAUCCUCAUGUAUCUCACCAUCACAUGGGCAUAAUGUCACCUCAAAAUUCCUGUCAGACAACCAUGGUGACUCAGAACUCAGGCACUGUAACGAUGGCAACUAAGACACAGCAUUCUCAAAAUGUGCAAUCUCCCUCCAACUCUAGCCAGCUGAUAAAUCAGGUGCCAUGUCAUCAAAAUACUGGAACAUUUGGUAAUCCAAAUUCACCACACAUGGUACCCUGUUCUCAUCAUGUGCCCCAGCACCCAAUGAGACAUCCAACUAAUCAACAAAACCCUCAGGAGGUAGCUGAUAACAUACUUCAAAUGGCUUCUGCUUACCCUUCUAACCAAACAGUUCAGGUACCGUUGAAAAGUCGACCUGCACCAUAUCACAUACCACGCUCACCACAUUAUAGUGUUCAACACUCAGAUUUGUCCCAUACUUCACCAAAUCCCCAACAGCAACAAAGUCCAGUUUCUUCACAGACAAGCCCAAGCCCUUCAUCUUCAAGUGUAAAAUCACCAGCUCCAGUCUUAGCACCUAUUCCUAAUCCUAUUCCAUCACCUGGAAUUAGUGGCCUCAGAUCACCUUGUAAUCAAGGUAUGUCACCAUGUGGUACUCAAAGGUCACCAAGUCAUAUGGGUUCAACAUAUAGCGGUCACAGCCAAAGUUGCCCUCCAUCACAGUGUUCUAGUGAAACAUCACCGUACCAUCAUGGUAUGUCUCCAUCAGAUGUCCAGCAUUACUCACCGUGUGCAAUGACACCCAGCCACAACUAUUCAGCUUACAGUGCUUCACCAACAUCUCAACGAAACACACCAAUGUAUUCCCCAUCAGGUGAUCACACAGGAAUUACCGGCAUAGAUCAUCACCGCCAAUCAAGCUAUAAUUGCUCAAACUCUUCCAAUACUGGCAACAACUUGCCAUUUAUUAAUACUUUAAAGCAUAGCAGUAGUGGAUAUUCCACUUCUGCUCCACCUCCCUCACAUAUGAGCAAUAACCCCUUAAUGUCUUUGCAGAAACUUGUAAUGCUACCAGAAACACAGGUUGUUGAUCCUAAAAGUGUUGUAAAUGAUGCUUGUCUUUCUUCCCACGAUGAGGGUCCAAAAAACGGUGAUGGCCCAGCAGAAUGGCUUUCCGAGGGCUUAAGUCAUUCUGUCGGGUUUCAGGGUAAAACUAGCUCUCCUACCAACCCAUCAGAUAGUCAUUCUUCUUACAUUUCUUUUUGUGGGAAUAGAGAACGGAAUGAUUCAGGUGAUAAAAUCAAUUAUCAACCAACUGAUUUAACAACAAAUGUUGAUACAUUUUCAUUUAUGGAUAAAUUGCAAUGUGAUGGUACUCCAGAAAGUCAUAUCAAUGUCCUUUUGAAUACUUUGGAAACCACUUCCCAAUAUAGUGACAAAAAAGAGACACCUAAUUUAAAUUUAGAUAAAUUAAAUCUACUUAAACAUGACCACAAAAGUCCAUCCCAGUUAGAAAAAAAAGUUUAUGAGAAUGAUUCUCAUGUAUAUUCUCCCCAGAAUAUCAAUGAGCCAUCAAUAUUUCAUUUAUCUACAAGUGAACAUUCACAAAUGAAAGAAAUAUCACCAUCUCAUCGUUCCCAAAGUAACAGCACCAAUGUAAAUCAGCCAUCACAUCAGCAGCCAUAUCAAGCUGACAGUAAAGUUUUAGAACCAGUAUCUCUGUCCAAUACUGAGCCUUUUCCGAGAGGCACUAGUCAUGAUAUACAGUUAUCACAGACUGAAACUUCCCAGAGUGAAAGAAUUGACCUAACUCAGCUAUCACAAGCAGAGUAUAAACAUAAUACCAUUGACAAUGCUAAUCAACAAAUGAAGUCUUCCCAAAUUGACAAUAUAAACCAGAUAUCACAAGAAGAGUCUUUUCAACCACAAACUCAGUCAUCUCAAAGUGAUGGAAGCAUCAACAUAAAGCAGCUGUUACCAACACAAAGUUCUCAAGACAGAAAUACUGAUAUUGAAAACUUAGCAGAAUCCCAACUAACUCCAAUUGAAAGUACAAAGGAUAAACAGUUAUUACAAACCUUAAGUGCACAGGAUGAAACUGCCAAAGUGAAGACUAUAUUUCAAGUGCAGGAAAAUGUAUUUAAUAAGUCAGAUUUAAAAGUAAAUGUCCGUAACAAUUCUCCAAAUCCUGCUAUUACACUUUCAAAUGAUGACUCCAAAAAGAUGCACAUUGAGGUAGUUGACAAAGCUGUUGAACCAUUUGACAGGUCACUGGUUUCACCUGAAAGAAAAAAUGGUAAAAUUAUAGAAGAUGUCAAGAGAAUGUUAGUUCAGUGCCGUUCCCCUGGUGUUCUUUCAGAGGUACCUAUUCUAACCAAUGGUCUUAAUGGGACCACAUGUGAGAGUGAACUUGAACAAAACUGUGAUGUGGGCAUUAAGCGCCACCAUGGUCUUAACACUAUUGUGAAGUCUAAGUUAUCUUGUACUAAAAGGUCGACUCACUUUACUAGAGUCACGCCUUGCUCUAUAUCAGUGGGUGCUGAUGAACGAGCAGCAUGUGAAAGAUUUGCUUUUAGGCGUAACGGUUUGAGUAGAAUACCAAGAACCACUAGAAUGUUGUUUAAUGGUAGAAAUCGCAAUGACAGUACAGGAAAUGAUGAUUCUGAUGAAAGUUCUGAAAAUGUUUCUGAAGGAAAUUUUCUUUUAUCAGAAAGUCCACCACAAGAUGGUAGUAAAAAGCGGCCCAGUGCCACAAGAAAAUCUGAUAACAAAAAACCAACCUUGAGCUCUAUGUCGACAGCAACUAAAGUAAGUGAGGGUGAUUCAAAGUCGGCAGAGACAGUGAUAUCAGGAAGCAAUGGUUGUGUGUCAUAUGGUAACAAUGAUGCCAGUGAUGAUGAUGUGUAUUAUGAAGGUGUGGACAGUUCAGACAUUUUUAUAAAUAAUUGUAGUAGUGAUGAGUCCAUUACAUCUGUGACAGAGGCUAAAAAUAUUGCAUCUAUUCCUUCCUGUAAGGGAGAUGAAACUCACCCCCAGAAUACUCAUCAUUCUUCAAAAGUUGAAGAGAAAGAAGAAAGUCAUGACAAAGAACAAAAAGAAGCUAAUGGUUCCAAUAUUGAUCAAACAAAGACUUUGAAUAUUGACAUUGAUUCUCCCCCUUCCAAAAGACUUCGAAGAUCGUCUGGACAAAAAGCCCAAGAAAAGUUAAAGGCUUUAUCAAUGUCUAAGAGAACUGUGAAUAGCUCAUCCAGUGACUCAUCUGUUACUCUUGAUAGUUCAAAUGAAGUGGACCAGCAAAUUAUUUUAAAAAGUACUGUCAUAAAAAGGGAAUCUGUUGAAUUGACCCAUAAAGAGGAUUCAUUAAAGGAUACUUCAAUGAAAACAGAUUGGUUAAAGCCAUCACAACCUUCUCUAAAGUCAAAUAACAAGUAUCCUGUUGUUGUGCUUGAAAAAUCAAAUGUAUCCAUCAAUUCUUCUCCUGUGAUAAAAAAAGAACAUUCUGAUCUGAUUGAUUUAACUCAAGACAGUGAGUUAGAUGUUACAGUUGACUCAGAUUGUUCUCGAACCAUAGAAUCUUACAAAGAAGUAGAGAAUAUUAAAACUGAAAUUGAAAGUAAAACAAAUAAUAAUAAUAAAAAGCGAGUGGUAUCAAGGAAAAAAACUUCAAAGAAACAGUUACGGAUAAAAAAGAUGAAGGAGAAAGAGUCUCUUAAAGGAAAUAAGCAUGAUGAACUGAAGGAUUCUUUUAAAUCCAUGAAGUUUAGUAGAACUCUUGACUUAAUGAAAUCUCGUAGAAAAAGAGAAUCUUCUUCACUGGGACCUUUUAUUAGAGUGACUGGGAAGAUAAAUGAGCCACCUGAAAAAGUAAUAGUUUUUUAUCAACCUGUUCAAGACACAGCUCUUCUUGCAAACACUGCUAAAAAUAAAAAGUCUAAUAUCCCUCAUGGUGCAACAGCAGUGCACAUGGUUACUAAUCUGCCUACAGAUAAAGUUGCUAUGGUACCAUCCAAUCGUACUAUUAGUCAAAGUCCCUGGGGAUGUGCGUUUUGUGGUCAUCAUAGCAGCUACAGAUUUCUUGGUGAUUUGUUUGGACCAUAUUAUAAUGAAAAUGAACUGGCUCGGGUUGAGAGCAUUGCUCAGGAAGAAAGUAAAAAAAGUGAUAACACAAAAGAACGAAAGAAUGCAGAUCUAUCUGGAUCAGGAAAGAAAAACAAAGAGGAUUCUCAGUCUGAAAAGAAUGUGGCCCGGAGACGGAAAUCAGCAUUAUCAACAAAAACAAUUGAACAAGAAUUACCUCCUGAAGAAAUUUGGGUUCACGAAGCCUGCGCCAUGUGGUCUCCAGGUGUUUGUCUAAUUGGUAAUAAAAUGUAUGGUCUUGAUGAAGCUGUAAAAGAUGCUGCUGAUGCUAUCUGCUCUGUGUGUAAAUCUAAAGGUGCUAUGAUUGGUUGUCUUAAUAAAGGAUGUGCUAUGAAAUAUCAUUUUAUUUGUGCCAUAGACAAAGAUUGCUAUUUAGAUGAAGAAAAUCUGUCCAUUCUCUGUCCAAAACACAAGGAUAAAAAGCUCAAUGCACUCUGCACUUCAAGAUCUUGAUAAUGCUGUACAGACAAUAACUAAAUGUGGUGCUCAAGUGUUUACAUCAUUAGAACUGGAACAGUGCUUUAAAUGUUUUACUUACAGAUUUGUGUUGAUAGAGGUACCAUUGAUUGUAUGGCCAGGAAACACCUAUUUAUUAUGUAAUGAAGAUUGUCUACUUGUAGAGCUCUUUUUCUGUAUAUAAUGAAUGUAUUACUUGAUGAUUUUGUUUGUAUUCCAGUGUAAAGAUCUCAAUUAUACAACAUUGGGAGUUAAUGUAAUAGUUCAUCUAGUAUGGGUAGUACUGCUGCAUUAUCUUAAUAUACUUUAUGACCUUGUGAAAUAAUACUUUAAAAAAAUAGCUUUCAGUGCAGUAAGAUUGCUUGUCUACUCUUCCCUACAAUUGUUUAAUUUCUUGUUAUUUCUUGAACUCUAUUGGAAUUAAAUCUACAUUCGUUUGUUGUUUGUUUGUUUUUUCAGAAUUGUAUUGGGGAAAAAAAAUAUUAUUGUAUAUUUGUUGUUGUUGCAUUCUAUUUUGUACUUAAAAGUUGUAACAUAUUAGAGGUCAACUCAUUUGUGUUUUUCAUGCUGUAUAUACUUGUAAUUUAUUUACUUUAGGUGUGAAUGGAGGAUUAUUGUAGACUUCACUAUAUUAUUUGGUUCUGUUCCCUCAAGUUUGUCGUCAUGCUAGUUUUUUACUGUUAAGGUACAACCACAGUUGAUUUUGGUCACUUGUGAAUUAAGAAGUGUUUCACAACUUUACCUCCAAAAAUAAGUUGAUAACAUAAGCAGCAUUCAGUUAAAAAAAAAGAAAAAGGUUAACGGUACUUUUAAAUAAAUUGUAUUUUAGAAAAAAAGUUGAAUUCACUAGCUGCAAUACCGGUAUAUAAAAAGCUACAUGGAUGCUCAGAUAUAGUUUUUAAAAUACAUUCAUGUGUUCACAAAUGUUCAUUCUGUUCUAACCUUCCUUUGUCCUUCUUGUUUAUGUAUUAAAGAAAAACUAUUCCAAAGCAUUUAACAUUUCAUUUCAAUUUGGUCACAUUAGUUGAUUGAGAGAAAAAUGACUAAAUAUACAUUCAAAUAGAAAUGAAAAGAAGUUGCUUCAUUAGUCAUUGUAAUCUCUAUAUACUAGUCAACAGAAGUCAGUAAUCAUGUAUUGGACAUAGUUGAGUAUCCAUGUCUUUUAGAGAAUCUGUUCUAGCUCAUUGUCCACAUAAACUUACAUUCUUGAAGGCUUUGAACAGAAAUUGCUGAGAAGUUUGCAUGGAAGUAAUGAAACAACACUGUGACACACUAUUGAUAUACCAGCUUGAUUUGGACUAGCACAAAUGUUAUACAUAGAAAAAGUUUUCUUUUGUUUAGUUAUACUGGUAGCUAAAUAUGAUUAGUGUUAAUAUUAAUACAUUCACAAGGUACAUUUAUAUAUAUACAAAUAUAUAUAUAUAUAUAUUUAUUGAUUGUUUAUGUUAGACUCAAAACUACUCUUCUUUUAAAAUGAAUUACAUAAAGAAAGUUUUAUUUCCAAUAAUAAAUUAGUGAUCUCAAAAUAUCUCUAAUUGAUGAAAAGGACAUUUGAUUCUAUUGAUGUAAUUUUUACAGUAGUGGUCCUAAUUUCUUUUACAUAAAUGAAUUUUUAGGAUUUUUUUUUUUUUUUAAUUGUCCUGAACUAAAACCAGAUCAACUUACAAAGUAUGUAAUUGUGUAUGGCUUAUAUCAUGAAGAGAAUUGUAUAUAGUUGUUAUGUUCUUUUUGGUUUGUACACACUCUAUCCUAACAUAAUUUAUUAUCAGUCUGUAAGCUGGAAGUAUUGUUCUGAAAUCUACAGGACUUGAUAGAUACAAUGGAGAUUCUAAUGCUUUCUUAUGCUUCAGUCCAAAUGAAUUAAGGCUCAUUUUUCUUUCAUGACUGUUUAUUGUGAGAUAUUGUCGCAUUAAAGAAAAUACAUUUAUAAAACAAGAAGUCUUU